AUGGCUGAAUCGAUGGCACACCUCUCUCUCACUGGGGUAAGAGGCGAAGUUGCAGAUUUACUGACUUGUCCUCUCUGCUACGAGAGGUAUGACAACACCGACAGAGCACCAAAAUUUCUGCCGUGCCUGCACGGGUUCUGUGUGGGCUGUCUGGCUGGGCUGGUGCGGGGAGGGCUGGAGUUAAAAUGCCCGCUCUGCCGGCAAGGAUUUUCUGUUCCGGAGGGCGGCGUUCAAAAUCUACCAGAGAAUUUCAUAGUGGGACGGUUGAAGCCCUUGGAGCACCUGCUUACUGUAGAUGUGACCAGGCCUCACGGCCUCCGCUGUGGAUCGUGUGUCGCAGACGGAGGCCCCGCUGUAAGUUUCUGCUCGGAUCACACCUGUCUCACCUUCCUCUGUCAGAACUGCAACCUGGCCCACCGCACGAUGCGUAAAUUCAACAGCCAUACCGUCGCUUCGCUGGAGCAGCUACAGGAGCAUCCUGAGAUCCCACUGCCUCGGGAAAAGCUUCAGUGCGACCGACACAAGAACGAACUGCUCUCUGUCUAUUGCAACGAAAAGUGCUGUCAACGAGCCAUGUGUAUAAUUUGUGUGACGACAUGUCACCAGGGCCAUCGGGUCGUUGACUUGGAACAGAAAUCCUCAGAAACGAGGGAGGAGUUGCACAGCCUCGCUCAGCGGGCUGAAAGUAAAAAGGUCUUGGUUGAAUUAAUCUCCGGGAGCAUUAGCACCGAGAAUAAUCAAACAAGUACCCAGUGUGAGGAGAUGACGUCUACCGUUGAGGCAGUUUUCGAUCGCCUGCAGAGCCAGUUAAAGACCAGGCGAGAGGCCAUCAUCGCCGAUUUGAGGAAAUUGUGUGUAGACCGAGCAGAUCAACUCAAGCAUCCAACCAACAUUGCCGAGUCGCUAGCUUCCCAGUUCGACUCGGCCUGCCAGUUCGCUGAGAGAGCCUGUGACAUCGGCAACCACGUCGAUCUGCUCAAGACCAGAGCGCAGAUCAUCUCAAGGCUGCACGAGCUCAUCGAUCUCGAUGUCCACAAGGCAAUACCUUUUCAUCCAGCAAAUGAGGCCUUCCUUUCCUUCACUGAAGACCACAACAGGGUCUUGUCUGAAAUUGAGAGACUUAUUCCAAGCCUAGGACAGAUCAACACAUCUAUCACGGUCCCAGCGCUAACCCCAAACUUCCAGGUGGAUUUUCCUGGGGGCACAGGGCCAACCUUGGCUGUCAAAUCUACACACAUAGUCCGUAUUCGCCCUGAAGAUCCAUCUCAACCAUCCUUAGAUCGUCUCAAAGGGGCGUUACAUGCCUACUCGCAGUCACCGGACGGCAGUAGCGUAGAGUGCAAGGGCGGCGAGCAAUGCGGUGACUUCUUCGAGUUGGAGUUCCAACCCCUUGUGGUUGGCUUGCACCAGCUGAACAUCAGCGCAUCUGGUGUGCCAAUUGAAGGCAGCCCGUUCAAAGUCGACGUUAUUGAAAAUCAGUCUUCGCCAGCGGCUCAAAACCCCAGCCCCAUGAGCUCUGACAAACAAGUCCUGUCCAGUGACGUUACCUGGACCGACGCUUUCGCCGGAGUCGAGCACACCGUAAUCGUCAAACUAUUCGGCCCCGAGUCCCUCCGACCUCAACUCGGCAGCCUGUGUGCACGGUACGUCAUGCCUGACUGCGAUCACACUCAAUCAGGAGCAAGCCCUUAUACGGAUGAUGUGAUGGACCAGUCCGCCGAUCGUGAAUCCCAAGCAUCGAUACAACAGACAGAAUAUCCAGGAACCUUCCGAAUUGUCUACACCCCGCCAGCUGCUGGGAAGCUAUUCAUGACCAUCACCGUGGACGGUACACCAAUCCCUAGAAGUCCCUGCCUCAUCAACAUCAACCCUCUACACCCCGACUCAACACUCGUCUCCUCACCCGCGAUGGGCAAGUCCCCGCAGCUGACGGCAGUCCUGGACAUGCCGUACUCAAUGACCCUCCUGACCCAGGAUUAUCAGAAGAAACGGUUGACCACCGGGGGCUAUGACGUCACGGCAACCCUAACAACGUCAAGCUUCCAAGAGAGACCGCAAAGGGCAGACGUCACUGAUAACCAGGACGGCAGCUACACUGUAGCGUUCACGCCUCGAUGUACAGAGCCUCACAUCAUGCAAAUUAAGAUAUGUGGCCACAGUUUGAUGCCUGGGAUGUCGCUUGUGGUCGUCGUCCAGGACAGCCUGCCGUUUGUAGACCCCCCAGGGGGUUAUAAAGCCCCAUCAGGACUGGCCGUCGACAGGAGCAGGAACAUCGUGUACGUGGCAGACGGGAAGAAUGGCUGCAUUCACCGGCUGAAAACCGACGGCUCUUCCAUGCCUGAAGGCGCCAUCAGCAUCUGUCAACGCAGGACUCUGCAAAUAGCAGUCAACUCGGAGGGGAAACUCUUGUUGCUGGUUCCCAAUUCCAAGUGUGUUAUUACCUGCAGCACAGAGGGAGAGGAGGAGUUAAGAUGGCCGUGCGUAAGUGACAAUGAGAAGCCGGCUAAUCUUACCGUGUCAACAACUGGGAACGUGAUCGUCGGUGACAGCCAAACGCAGACCCUGUUCGUCUACGGUGCUCAGACUGGUGCCACCCGCCACCGCAUACAACUCCCAGAUGGCUCCCUGGCACCCGGCAUGAGCAACGUCUGUGUGGACCGUGCAACGGGAGACAUCCUGGUAGCCACGCAUUCCGAGCCGUUCCAGCUGAUCCGCUCUUCUCCGGAGAGUUCCGGCGAGAUUGUCUUCCGGGAUUCACCUGCCCGGAGCAACCAGCUGGCACUGGUCUCGACGCCUGAGGGCGCCCUCAUCAUUGCCGUGCUUGGUGGCAUCUUGAUCUUGGGACCGGGCGGCUCUAGCACGUCUGUCAGGGAGAUCAAGACAGACCACAUCUACACUGGGUUGGCCCUGGCAGAGCAGGGGUUCUUCGUGGCAAUCGACCCCGGAGAAAAACAUCUGGCUAAAUACAGUUACACGUCUCAACAACCGAACACCGGCCAUGAAAUUGAUGAGGAAAUCCCCAAAACUGUUGAUUAA